AUGUCGACUGCCAAGAGAAGCCCUCCUUUCAGAGCUGAGCACGUCGGCUCGUUGCUUCGUCCCGAUGAGCUUGUCCAGAAGCGUUAUGCUGUGGCCGCUGGCAAGGCUGACGCUUCUGAAUUGAAGCCCAUUGAGGACAAGGCAGUCACUGAGGUUGUGAAGCUCCAGAAAGAUUGUGGUUUCCAUGCUAUUUCCAGUGGAGAGUACACCAGGCAUAUGUUCUGGGGUACCUUCUUUGAGGAGCUGAACGGCAUGGAAGAUCGCCAGCUCGGUGUCCUCAAGGGCUACGAUGCCUCCAUGUUCCGUGACUACGCACCCGAUGUCAAGUCCUUCCUCGAGGCCAAGGAGAUCCCCAACGCCGUGACUGUGUGCGUGAGCAAGAUCAGCCACCCCGGCCACACCAGCAACGCCCGCGAGCUCGAAGUCAUGAAGGCCAACGUUCCCGAAGACGAAUGGAAGAACAUCAAGCUCACUCUUAUUUCUCCUUCUUGGUACCACUUCCGCUACCGUGCUGGUCGCGCUUUCCCUCAGGAUGUCUACGCCAACGAUGAGGAGUACUUUGCCGAUGUCGCAAAGGCAUACCAGACCGAGUUGAAGCUCUUGCACGAUGCCGGAAUCCGCAACAUCCAAAUCGAUGACCCUAACCUUGCUUACUUCUGCUCUGAAGCCAUGCUUACUGGCUGGAAGGCCGACAAGGGCAACACAAAGACCGCCGACGAGAUGUUCGACGCCUACGUCAAGUUCUACAACGCUUGCUUCGAGCGUCCCGCGGAUAUGCACUUGGGCAUCCAUCUGUGCCGUGGAAACUACAUGGGCAGCCGUCACUUCAGCGAGGGCGCCUACGACAACAUUGCUUCCAAGCUCUUCAAGGACCUCAACGUCGAUACCUACUACCUCGAAUACGAUACUCCUCGCGCUGGUGGUUUCGAGCCCCUGAAGCACCUCCCCAGGAACAAGAACGUCAUUCUCGGUGUUGUUACCAGCAAGUUCCCCGAGCUUGAGGACAAGGAGAAGAUGGUGCAGCGCGUGUACCAGGCUGCUGACUUCAUCGCUGAGGGUAGCGGUCAGUCGAGAGAGGAGGCUCUCCAGCGUGUUGGUGUUUCGCCUCAGUGCGGUUUUGCUUCGCACGCCGAGGGUAACUCUCUUGGUUACGAGGAUAUGCGCAAGAAGUUGCAGCUCGUCAGAGGCAUUGCUGACCAGAUCUGGCCCAGCCAGCCCUAA